AUGGCAUUCGACGGCAACCGUGACGGAUACAUAAACCAAGCUGAAGCUCGUGAUGCGGCCGAAUUUCGAGCCGGUGAUAUGACUCGGGAUGGGGCACUGAACCCCGCUGAGUUCGGACGUGUUGAAAAUCCACGUGAGUUCGGCCAGUACGACUCGAAUCGUGAUGGACUUGUUGAUACUCCUGAGUACGAGCGUGGAGAGGCGCGUGAAUUCGAUCAUCAACGUGAGUUAGACUGGGAGACUGGGAACAUUUUUCCAUAA